AUGAUCCGCCGGUUUGGGCCAACCGCCGUGUCGCGUUGCAGAGUGUCUGCAGUGGCACUCGUCUCGGCUCCGACGCAGUCAGCACUCCGGGAGUUUCAUAGCGUGUAUGGAAUCGCUGCGUCUCUUGCCAUGUGCGCGGGAUGUGUGCUUUGCUUUGGGUCAUGGGCGAACAACAUCUGCAACGUGAGAAAGUACGGUCGCUGGAGGUUUCGCAAUAGUAUCGAUGACGCCAUCAUGGUGUCGGAUUUUAAGACUGCCCGGUACAUUGGCGGUUUCAUAGGGUUUUUGUUCUAUUGGUUUAUAGUAGGCCCCAAGAAGUAUAACUAUGCGAGCAACUUGGCUGACGUGCCGGACAACAAGCGCUUUGGACCGUUCUAG